UGAUUCUACAAUCACACAGCUCCUUAGCCGGCCACCCUCUUUUGCAGGGAAGGGAACAAUCAGGAAAAGCCACAUAGCCCUCCAGCUGGUCCAUUUGGGUGGAUUUAUGUGAAAUCCCAGAGGAAAAGGCCUCUGGUUGCCAACAGUAUGGACUUUCUUGAAUUGUUGGUGGUCAGAAUGGAUAUGGAAAGGGGAAUUCUUGCUACUGCACGUUCCACGCUUGAUGACGGAUUACUAAACUAAGCUUCUGGACUACAACGCUUCUGUUUAUGGUCUUCAAGAAUUUCAACAAGGGAAAGACAAGUUGAAUCGCAGGACAACUUGAAUCGUACCUUUGAAACUAAUUAAUCAUACUAAAGAAGAAUAACUCUGAAUAUAUUGUUUUGACUCAUUAAUCACCGAGAACAAAAACAUGGCUUUGAUGCCUAUAAAAUUUGACUUGGCCAAGCGGGUCAAGCUGGCCCAAGGACUAUGGUUCCUGUACUGGCUCUCUGUCAUGGCUGGGAUCCUCAUCUUCAGCAUGGGGAUUUUCUUCAAGAUCGAGCUGCGCAAAAGAAGCGAGAUGAUGGAUAACAACGAGAGCCAUUUUGUGCCCAACCUGCUCAUUCUGGUGGGACUUGUGGCCUGUGUUAUCAACGCUUUUGGGGGAAAAGUGUGCCAUGACUCCCUUGACGCAAUCAAGUUCACCAAGUGGAAACCAAUGUUGAAGACCUACAUGAGUGGAUGUGUGGUUUUCUGCAUCGCCCUUUUUGUCACGGCUCUGCUGUGUUUCUUGAUGCAGAUCUCUCUGCAUUUCGCCCUGGCUGAAGGCCUGAAGAAUGGAAUGAAGUACUACAAAGAUACAGACACGCCAGGACGAUGCUUCAUGAAGAGAACCCUAGAUAUGACCCAGAUUGAGUUCCGCUGCUGUGGCAACAACAACUACAAGGACUGGUUUGAGAUCCAGUGGAUAAGCAACCGCUACCUGGACUUUAGAAAUGAUGAGGUUAAAGUUCGUGUCCAGAGCAACGUGGAAGGCAAAUACUUGAUGGAAAGCGUUCCCUUCAGCUGUUGCAACCCUGGCUCUCCUCGCCCUUGUAUCCAACAUCACCUGACCAACAACUCCGCUCACUACAGCUACGACCACCACACUGAGGACCUAAACAUCUGGACCAGGGGCUGCCGUGAGGCCCUGGUGUCCUACUAUGGGGGCAUGAUGAACAGUAUUGGUGCUUUUGUGCUGCUGUUCAUUAUUAUGCAGGCUGUCGUGACUGUUGGUUUGCAGUACCUGAGCACCUCACUGGAAACCCUGGCAGACCCAGAGAAUCCUGAGAGCGAAAGUGAGGGAUGGCUGCUGGAAACGAGUGUGAAGGAGACACUUUCUGACAUCAUGACGAAGAUCACGUCGCUGUUUAAAGGCAACCAGGUACAGGAGGGAGAUGCAGAAGCGGCUCCCACAUAAAGCUGAGAGAGUCAUGCCCCCUCCCACCCCAUCAUGUCUGUGGCCACUCCCACCUUUGGGAGAAGGAAUGCAUGAAAGGUUGAUUAAAAUGUUCUCUCUUAUAUGCAUACAUAUGGGAUCAGUACACCUACAUUUGUACUACAUAAUGAGAUUCCAAUUGAUGUGAAUGUACACACUACAAUGUAAAUACAAAUAAAAUGUAAGUUUAUUUUUUUAUAUUUUAAGAAUGAAAUAUAUCUGUAAAUGUUCUGAUAUUAUCAUCUAACCAUAUCUGAUAUUCCGACCAAAUAAGCAUCACUGUCCAUGUCCGUCUGUAGCAGUAUAAAGUUUGAUCCUUAUAUUUCCAGUUCAUUGGUUAAGCGGAUGUUUAACCCGACAGCCUCACACAACAAUAACACAUUUCACCAUAAAGCCAUCAGGCGCUAUUAAAUCACUUUUCAGUAAGAGAUCACUUUUCUUGAAGGGGUCACACAGCAGCUUUUAACCGGCAGCUGAGGAAAAUGUGUUUUUGUAAACGUUCAGUCAGCUCCCAGACCUUAAAGGGAUGGAAACAGUGGCACACCUUGCUUUUUUACACAACGCUGCCUUUAACAGGCCUUAGGUUGUCUGACGAUAUUCAAAAGCAUGUUGAUGGUGAUCUACUGGAGAGCAGAACUCUGUAACAAUGGGGAAACUAUUCUGUAACAACAGAAUAUUGUACUCAACAUGUUCACCAUUAAUGUGUGUAGUUCUCGGGUUAAAUAUCUGCCUAACAAACAGGCUUUGUGCUUCAACUUCAGUGCUCUGUAGGGCAUACAGUUGUGGGACAAUUAACUUGUAAAAGAUUUUAGUCAGUUGUGUGUGAUUUGUUAAUCUAAGUCA